AUGGCCGCUAUGAGCACGAUUACCUACCUGGACGCCAGCAAUGGCUCGUCGGCUGACGAUCAGAUGCCGACCUACGAGGAGGCGAUCGCGGAGAGGGCACCGUCCGUCUCGGGGUCGAUACGCUCGCUCCACCUUCACGAUGGCACCCUGCCCCCCUCCAUCCUCCGCCUCAGGAACCUGGGCCGCACACUCUGCCACAACGGCCCCGUGACGGCCAUCGCCAUCAGCCCCAAGGGAUAUGUCGCCACCUCCCAGGACAACGCCGGCACAGCGUUGCCUUCGAGCACCAAGCUCUGGGACUUCGCCCCCCGACCCCCAGCGGCGCCGGCGGCGCGGCAAGUGUCCUCCGAUAUCGGCACCGAUGCACCCGUCGUCGUCUUCAGCCCGGACGGGAAGCUUGUGGCCGUGGUGGAGAAGGACGCCGGCGCCAAGCGCGAGUGGCGCGUCAAGCUACGCGCUGGCGAGGAGGGCAAAGGCGUGCGGUGCAUCCUCAACGGCGUGGCGGGGCCAGCGGUGUUCAGCGGGGACGGCAAGAUGUUCGCGGCGGCGGACCCGUCGGGGAUUGUGGUCGUCUUCGAGGCGGCAGCGAGCCCGCCGGGGAUGCCGCCGACCAAGAGGGUGGCCGGGGUGAUGAACCACGCGCCGCCGACGCAUGUGCUUUUCAUGCCCAACGGGACAGACCUCGUGACGCUCUCGCGGGACGGGACGGUGCGCAUCUCGGAGGCUAGGACGGGCCGGACGCUGCGGCGGAUGGAAGUGGACGGCAUGGCGUGUAUUGACGCGGGGGCGCGGGCGCUGGGGGUGUCGCCGGACGGGCGGAUCGUCGUGUCGGUGUGGCCGCGGGCCGUGUACGCGUGGGAGCAUGAGGCCGGGCGUGUGUCGAGCUGGGAGCUGAACAAGGUCCGGGGCACCGAAGGGUGGCCGCUGGCGGUGUCGCCAGACUGCCGGUUCCUGGCGUGCCGAACCGAGGACGGCAUGGACAUCUCGGACGUCUACUCGGGCCACGUGCUCGCCGAGGUGCGGACGGCGGCGGGCAUCGACGGGCUUGUCACGGCGGCGGCCUUCUCGGCGAAUGGCAACCUCAUGGCCGUCGGGCGGUACACGGGCGUCGUCGACGUGUGGAAUCUCGCACCGUUUGGGGACUGA